UGUUUUGAGGACACAUCUGAGUAUUUCAGUAAUAAUGCUGGAAAUACUGAAACUGGCUGGAAACGCGAAGACGAGGGAAGUAGAUCUUAUUGUUUUCAGACCAAAUAAUAUUCAACUUUCGGAUUUUACUUUUCAAAAUGCCUACAGAAUACAUACUUGAAAUGUACACUUUGUAAUGAUUUCCUUUUCUGACUCAGUUUUCUAGAAGGUGAAAUGCUCAUAAAUAACGCGCCGCUUCUACGUAGAUAUCCCGCUAGUUCUCAUAACAAAUCAUACAGAAAAACCUUUUCCAUUCAAUCACGCAUGUUCACGCGAAUAACCAUAAGCAGGUCGGCACAAUAAAAAUCAGGGGACAAAUGGUCUGGUAUUUGGUGGCUGUUAGACAUGUCACGCACUGGGGGGACUGGUGAAGAAGGCGCGAAAUUUCUAAAACACGUGACAGUAAAACGACAACAUGGCUGCUGGGUCGACAAGUUCUGUCUCGAAAGGAUGCUUUCUUUUUAAAAGAGAUAUCUCCAUAUCACCAAGGAAAAGACGAUACACCAAUGCUACAGAUCUUAUUGAUCAGUUUGAGGGCGAAAGUGAUGAGAACGUCUCCCAAAGGUACGAGAAUUUCAGGUUUUACUGGAAGCAAGCACUUACCAAAAUUGAGGAGCUUCAAUCAGACAGUAAAAUAUUCAGUCAAAUAGUUGAAUAUAUCAAAAGAGCACACACCAAGACUAACGAGAAACAUGGCGUUAUAAGUGAAAUCCCCACAGCUGUCUUGAUAACGGGUGUGAACAUGCCUGACCAUGACAUUAUAUUCAAUCAGUUGGCUAAAGAUUUAUUGGAUAUCACUCCUUAUAUAGCAGUGUUGCACUCUAAGGACUGCUCUUCAAUAAAGUUUAUGCUCAAGAAUUUGAUUUUAMAAUUUAUGAACUGUGAUGAAGAGGAUGAUGAAGGUGAUGAAAGUGCAGCAACUAGUCACAAACAAAGGUUACAUUCCUACACAAUGGCACAAUUCAGUAGCUGGUAUAAAGCCAAAUGUCAGAUGGGUGAAUCACCAACAAAAAGUACAAGCACAAAGAAGACACCAAAGAAAAAAACAUCAGUUACACCCACAUCAGAUUAUCCUCCACUUGUUAUGAUAUUUGAGGACUUUGAAGGCUUCCAACCAACUGUUGUGCAAGACUUUGUGACUAUCUGCAAUCAAUACUGCCAAGAUAUACCUUUAGCACUAGUAUUUGGAGUGGCUACUUCUGUAUCUGCUGUACAUCAAGCUCUUCCUCACAGUGUUUCUACUCUUCUUUCAAUUGAACGGUUCCAGUCACAACCAUCAUUUACCUGUCUUAUUGAAAUCAUAUCUAAGGUCUUAAUGACUGCUAAGCUGCCAUUUAAACUUGGUGCCAAAGUMUUUCGAUUUCUUUAUGAGAAUUUCUUAUUCCAUGAUUUUUCUCUUCAAAACUUCAGCACAGGACUUCAGUUCUGUAUGAUGGAGCACUUUUAUGAAAACCCUGCAAGUGUACUCUGCUGUGAUCCUGAAGAAAGAACAAAUCUUGUCAAUAACCUUAACCAUGAAGAUGUAGAGAUUUUCCGUAGAAGGCCAUCAUUUAGAAAAUUUGUAGAGAGAAGUGAGCCAGAAGAAAUAAUGAAAUUGCUCCAAGAUGAUGAUUAUACCAAGAAUGUAAUAGAGAAUCUUCUCAAUGACCUUGAUGAAUAUCAUUGGUAUUUCUUUCCUGUACUUGAAUGCCUACAUGCAAUGACCGCCAAUUUACCAAAACAUCCACUAGGUAGAAAAGUGCGAGAUGUCUAUGAGUGUUGUUUAUCAAGUCCUGUGAUUGACCAGGAUAUUUAUAAAGAAUGCAUGUCACUAUUAAGGAUUUACUCUAAAGAUGAGCUAGUGCCACUGCUAGAAAAGUGURUUGACAUCAUAUCACAAGUAGUCARUGAUACACAUUCAAAACAGUUUUGCAAAGAUUUAGAGGAACCAAGAAAUCAACUAUGCUCCUUUGUGGAACAAUUUGCAACUAUUGGAGAAAGACCAAAUGAGCAAUCUUCUGCUUCAUCAUCAAAUCCACACAAAGGGAAAACAUCAAAAAUUAUCAGCAGAUUUGAGUUACAAGAGAAAUUAAAAACUGCAGCACAACAGAAACGAAAGGAUACCCCGUUUGAUCAAUUAAGACAAGARGUGGUUAACUAUCUAGAGGAAUUAUUUAGGAAAUAUUUGAGAUGUCCCACCACCCUGCCUCUUCAUGAAGUUUUCUAUUUCAACUCUAUCCAAUCAGUGAAACAGCACCUUAUAGGCAUGCCCAGAGUUGCCAUACAGACUGCAUUAACCAACCCUCACCAUUACCUAAAGUGCGAGUGUUGUGAAAUAGAGUCAGGGACCAUUCAAGAUUCAUUACCCGAUGUGUCAAUAGCCUACAAGCUUCAUUUAGAAUGUGGAAGGYUAAUUAACUUAUAUGACUGGCUGCAGGCAUUCAGYGUAGUUUUGGACCCCGAAUCAAAUAAUUCCAAGAAAAUGACAAAGAAAAAGAAAAAAUCUAAUGAAGAACUGCAAGCACGCUUCAUCCAAGCUGUGUCAGUUUUACAAUUCUUAGGUUUUGUAAAAUCAACCAAAAGAAAGACAGAUCAUGUACAAAGACUCACUUGGGGUGGAUGUUGAUGAACUAAAAUUAAUAUAAUUAUGUGAGAAGUUAUUUAGAAAAGAAGUAUCAAAGGUGCCUGAUAUAGKUGAAAGAAUUACAACUUUUAUUUAUAAAUAUAAUGUUAAAAAGAUAAGCUACACCUGUAAGACUUGACAUGAAUCUUCAUAUAGAUCUACAAAUGUUAAUGACAUCUCAUUGGAAAACUUGUAUUAAAAAAUAAAAAUGUUUUUGUUUAUG